CAACACCGCCAACAGCGAAAGUCUCUAGUCAUCACCUUUUCCUUCUAACGACAGUGCUCGAUACCUCCGCUCAGUUUCGAUUUUCAAAGUCCGUAUAUCUCAUAAUGCGGAGAUUGUCACAGCCAAGACACGCGGUACUACCGGCGUUGCUGGUGGGUUUUUGGGCCUUGUGUUUUACAUUCUUGCUGGGGUCAACUGUGGCGUAUCCUGUCAUUCUCCAAAUCGAAGAGGAUUCCACUCGUUGUCUGCGGCUACUCAUUCCAGAAGACGAUGAUGCUCAUGUGGUGUUCCUCACGAUCCCCAGCGCAGACGAACUCGACGACGAAGCGGUCGAGUCUUGGUACGUCGAUCAGGUCUACCAACUGACCAAGCAAAAAGACACGGAAUUGGCAAAACGACUACCCCAGGAAGCCCCGGCGAACGUUGCUCAAGCCAUGAGCGCGUUCCUACAAGAACAGGGGGAGAAUAAGUCACCGCUGCGCAUCACCUUGGAAGACAAUGGUGCCACAGGCACUCGACAGUUCAGUUACCGGACCAAAUUCUUUUUGCCAACCGUGCUGAAUCACGUUCGACACAGUAACUACCAAAAACCCAAAGAUAAGGACGAGGAAGAAGAGUGGAACGACGCCGCCAUGGAAGGCUACGAAAUUUGUAUGAUCAACGAAGACGACGAACAGGCCGUUCAAGUUAUUUUUGAAAGUAUCUACGUCAGCGAAGAUGUGAUCGAUGUCGAGGAUAUCAAGAAACCGGCGUUUGAAAAAGAAAAGCACCUCACACCGCUAGAAAAGAACCUGGACCAAUCCAUUCAAGCCGCUCACGCAGUCCUGCGGGAAAUGAAAUACAUGGAAAAGAGGGAAACACGUAUGAGGCAGACAGCCGAAUCUAUUAACUCUCGGGUCCGCUGGUUCAGUUACCUUUCGAUCGCAGUCCUCUUCACGGUCACCUAUUUGCAGGUCACCUACCUCAAACGGUACUUUCAUAAAAAGAAACUAAUGUAA